ACCCAUUAGGAUUUAGGUGUCGUUCACGAAUGAAUGUAGGACAGAUAUUUGAGGAGCCGAGAAUAAAGGGAAAGUACUCCGAUGCAAGGGAAGAUUGAAUUGCAACGGUUGAAACGUUUGCGACUGUUGCAACAGUUGCAACGGUUCAAUUCGAGGAACUCACUCUUGCGCUUCAUCGACGAAUGCAAGAACAUGAGAGAGCUCAAACAAAUCCAUUCUCAGAUCAUAACCUCUCCCACUUUACGCAGAUACGACCACUACAUCCUCCUCGAUCGACUCAUCUUCUUCUGUGCCUUCUCUGAAUUCGGUUCUUUCAAUUACGCCACCCAUGUCUUUUACAGCAUUGACUCUCCAAAUUUUUUCAUUUACAACACCAUGAUCAGAGCCUAUACAUCUAAGUCUGACUCCAAGAGGUACAUCGAAACCUCUUCAUACCAAUCCCUCCCCCUGUACAAGCAAAUGCUCAUUAAUGGAUUCAGACCCGGCAACCAGACUUUCACCUUCCUAAUCAAGGAAUGUACAACCCAUCUCGAUGCUAAAUUGGGCCGAAGUGUAUACGCUCAUGUCAUUAGAAUGGGAUUCAGUAACGACCCAUUCAUUCAAAACUCAAUGAUCAAUCUAUAUGCCUCGUGCGGGUUUUUGGUUUGCGCACGGUGUCUGUUCAACGAAAUGACUGUACGAGAUAUUAUUUCUUGGAAUUCAAUUAUCACUGGGUACUUGAGAAAUGGGUUUCUCGACUUGGCAUUGGAUAUGUUCAGAAGGAUUGAGGAGAAAAAUGUAAUUACUUGGAACUCAAUGAUUACAGGGUUAGCUCAAGGUGGUCGGCCCAAGGAGGCCCUGGAGUUAUUCCAUGAAAUGCAGAUUUUGGGUAAUGAUGUAGUUAAACCUGACAAGAUAUCGAUAGCUAGUGUUGUUUCGGCUUGUGCUGCUCUUGGUGCUCUGGAUCAAGGGGAAUGGGUGCAUAGUUAUUUGGAAAGAAGUGGGUUAGAGUUUGAUAUGGUAAUUGGUACCUCACUGGUUGACAUGUAUGGGAAAUGCGGAUGUGUGGAGAGAGCAGUUGAGGUUUUUAAGAAUAUGCCUCAUAAGGAUGUCUUCGCAUGGACAGCUAUCAUUUCAGUGCUUGCUUUUCAUGGGCUUGCAGAACCGGCUUUCAAUCAUUUUGAAGAGAUGAGAAUACAGGGGACAAAGCCAACCCCGGUGACAUUUGUGGCACUGCUGUCUGCUUGUGCUCAUUCUGGUCUAGUAGAUAAAGCCUAUCACUAUUUCAAUAUGAUGAGACAGGUUUACUCCAUUGAGCCGCAGGUUCACCAUUAUGCUUGCAUGGUUGAUACACUUGGUCGAACUGGACACCUUGAAGAAGCAGAGAAUCUUAUUAGAAAUAUGCCAUUGGAGCCUGAUGUUUUUGUUUGGGGUGCAUUGCUUGGGGCAUGCCAGAUGCAUGGGAAUGUAGACUUGGGAGAAAUGGUGGCACAUUAUCUCAUCAAGCUGGAUCCUCUUAACCAUGCUUAUUACAUGACCUUGUUGGACAUAUAUGCCAAAACCAAUAGAUUUGAUGACGUGAAGAGAAUUAGGACCUUUUUGAAAGCGAAAGGGAUUAAAAAGCCAGUGCCUGGCUGUAGUAUUAUUGAAAUUGACGGAGUAGUUCAAGCCUUCUCAGUGCAAGGGUCGCUGGAAGUCAUGAUGGAGGAGAUACAGAUGGUUUUAGAUGGAGUUUACUCUGAGAUGUGCGUGAUUGGAAACUUACAUGAUAUUAGUCAAGAAUUAGUGGACACUGAGACAUAAAGUUGGUGAGGAUCUCUUUGGCAGUUUGAGAAUAUCAGUUUCCAUUGACAUAUUCCUAGCCAGAUUUAUUAGAAGAAAAAAGAAGUUGUGGAUAUUUAUUCAAUAGAGAACCCCUGGGCGUAGCCACGAAAUUCUCAGCUGUAGAUUUUGGGAACAGCAUCAUGGUAACAAACUCACCAAGGUGUGGUGGAAUUGCAAUGUCCUCGCCAACUUCAAGAAUGAAGGUACUUGGAUAGAUAUGGAGGGAAUAUAUGCCUAUAUAGGUAGAUCCUUGGAGAUAUUUUGUCCUUGAAGAUUCUAGGAUAGUAUGUCUCCUUCUGGAAGAUCCAAGGAGUUUUCAUUCGUUUACAUUUGUUUACAUCUUUGUGCAAUCACUACCAACGCAAUGUAAUUCAAUCAUGGAAGUUUAAUUGGAACUCCAAGCUCCCCAAAAAGAUUAAAAGCUUUUCCCUGGCAAACAUGCUCUCUGGCCUAUCAUAUGUCUGUGACCAACUCCCCUUCACGAUGGUUUUGUGGUGCAGAUGCCAAAACGGCUGAGAACACAACCAUUUUGAAUUUCCAGAUCUGGAUGGUCACACCAUUCCCCAUCGGCCCAUUUCCUUCCUCACCCCCUCCUCCAUUGCAUGAAUGGAUCCAACAGUGGAGUGUCAUUGCUAAGUUGUCUUCCAACAGAAAGAACUUUCGAAAUUCUUGGUCUUAGUUGCUGGGAGAUCUGGCUCUUUGGAGGAAAAUGUCUGCCUUGGCUCUGCCUGCUUUGGCAAUGGGUUACACUGCAAAUUUGCACUCUCCUCACCCAUUUCUUGGAUAUCUACUCAAUAUAACUCUUGGAAUCUGAUCAUCUGGGAAAUGGGAGGUUGAUUCAGACUGUAGACGAACAGCAAUUUUUUUUCUGAUUGCCUUGAAGCUUUUAGAGCCAUUAACAAUCCUGAGGCUCUCACACUCUCUCAAUAGUUGCUGUCAAUUGUAAAGGCUAUCCAGAACCUGGCCACGUCCUUGCUGAGAACAUGCUUCAUCUAUCACCCCUGCAUGUUCAAUGUCUCUGCUCAUGGCUUGCUAGAAUAGCAUGUAUGUUCUCCUCUGCUGCCU